AUGGCACAUCUCAAAAAGGUGGGCCGGGCACUCCUUAAAUACCUUGGUCAGCCACUCCUCUUGCAAAAAGCUAGUCGGGCUGCAUUUGUAGUGGAGACUCAAAAAUGGCUUGGCGAAUCUGCUGGAGCCAGAUCCGGGGGAUUCUUGCAGCCGCACCUUGGGGAUUUCAUGGAAGCUGAAGGGCAAGGCUGGGCUGGAGCGAGAUGCUGUAGGGGGUCGUUUGAGAUAAGGCCAGGCAUAGUUCAAAGUGCGACUGGUUGGGCUGGGUAUGUUGGAAGGUGUGGCCGGAAUGUUGAAGCUGAUGCCCAGUUUUUUCUCUACCAGAGGCAUGACGAGCUGCAAGGAUCUCUACGACCGGUGCCUUGGGCCUUUUGGCUACUAGAGAUUGUGGUCAGCCGGGUUUGGAGGCUCAAAGGGAAGCUUGGUGGCCGGGAUUUGGUCUUUUUUGCGGCUACAAUUUCUGCAGGCUGA